CUACCAUGAAUCAAUGGUAUCUGAGAUGUUGUUAUCUACUGUCCUCAGUGAUAAAAACACAUGUUCGUUGUUUUCGAAAUACAUUUAUCUGCUAUCAAGACUUAAAGUUUAAAUAUAACUGUUUUAUUAAGACUAUAAAUAUGGUCAUUAAAUAUUAAUAAUCAUGCAAAAAUGUACUACAUUAUACCUGAUGGCAUAGUUAAUUGAAUUGUGUUUUGUUCGGUGGUUGAUUAUCGGUAUUUACUAUUUUCUCUUAACCUCAAUGAUCAUUUCACACUUUCACACUGUGUUCAGUUUAAGAUCUAGUGUUUUGGACAUUUUGGUCAUUGUCCGAUAUUGAAUCGGUUUAUGACAAUUUGUUUAUUGUGAUGUUCUUCAUUCUUGAUAAUCUUACAUUAACUUCUUUAUUAAAUAAUAUUUACUUUAGUUUAUUAAUACAUUGAUUUUAUUAUGUUGUGAAUAUUCUAAAAUGGAUACAAGCAAUGAUUAUUUAUUCGCUCUACAAUUGCAAAACGAGUUGGCCAAUUUUGAGGAUAAUGAAGAACUACGUUAUAUAGAUUUGACAAAAUCUACGACCAGUUUGGCUUCCAGCCCUAGAAAUGGUAGUAUAGUUGAUUUAACUGAUAUCAAUACUAAUGUUAAAAAACAAAAACGUAAUGCUAACGACGAUCUGCCACGACCAAUUAAACGAACUCACACUCAAAAUAUGGAGACUACUGAAAGUGUAGUACACCAUUCUUGGGAAAUGUUAGACCCUAAUCCAGAUAUACAUGGUUUAUUUUUGGCAUUUAAUCGGCAGUAUUUUUGGAGUACAUUGGACUCGGUUAUGGUACAAUGGAGCAAAAGAAUGACAGUCUGUGCUGGUUUAUGUAGAUAUCAAAAUGGAUUUUGUUCCAUAAGCCUUAGUGAACCACUUUUAAAACUCAGACCUCGAAAAGAUUUAGUUGAAACGCUGUUACACGAAAUGAUACAUGCAUAUUUGUUUCUUACUAAAAAUAAAGAUCAUAGAGAUAGAGAUGGGCAUGGACCAGAAUUUUGUAAACAUAUGUACAGGAUAAAUGUGGGAGCUGGCACUAAAAUAUCAAUUUAUCAUGAUUUUCACGAUGAAGUAAAUUUGUAUAAAACACAUUGGUGGAAGUGUAAUGGACCAUGUCAAAAUAAUAAGCCAUUUUAUGGAUAUGUAAAAAGGAGUAUGAAUCGUGCACCAGGGCCAUAUGACAGUUGGUGGACUAAACAUCAAACUAAUUGCAGUGGAACUUUUAUUAAAAUUAAAGAGCCUAAAGGAUAUGGAUUAAAAAUAAAAACAAUUGUUCCUAAACAAUUGGAUGUUAAACCUGCUAAUAAAAUAACAAAUUUCAUUACAAUUUUGAAUCCUCCAAUUAACAAAGUUCAUGAUGAUUCUGAAAUAUAUUCCAAAUCAAUAGAGAAUGGCCAAAAGUUAAAUUUAGAUAAUAAAUCAAGUUCAUCCCCAAAGAAAGAUCCUGAACAGAAUGCUAACAUGCCUUCUGAAUCUGAAUCUGAUUCUGAUGAAAGUGAUGAAGAAAAUGAUCAACUAGAUAUAUCUUUAAAAGAAUUAGGUAGAACUACAUUAUGUCCUAUUUGCAAUGAUCCUGUGCUUGCCAAUUGGUUGAAUGACCAUUUACAAAAUUGUGAUCAACUGAGAGAGAUGUUUGGCAAUGAAAUUAAUGAUAAAUGUAAAUGCCCAGCAUGCAAUGAUACAGUUGAUAGAUCCUUAAUGAAUGAACAUUUAAAUAAUUGUAAAAUGUUGAUAAAUGUAUUUGAAAAUGACUCUGUAGAUGUUCCUGAUGAUAACAAUUAUAUAAGCUGUCCAUGUUGCGAUAAAAUGGUUAAAGAAAGUAAUAUUAAUACACAUUUAGAUAUUUGUAUGUCAAUAGAAACACCAGAAACACUUAAACCAAAUGUUAACAAAAAUAAUUUAAAAUGCCCAUGCUGUGAAAAUAUAUUUAAAAAUGUAAUAGAGUUAGAUGAUCAUAUAGAUCAUUGUUUGUCAAUAUCUUAAAAAUCAUGAUUUAUUUUAUGUUUUACUUAUUUUUAUA